UCAAGAGUAACACUUUGCCUUUGAAUGUUAGCAUUGCAAAAGCUCAUUAAACUGCCAAAUAAAAACGUAAUUGACUUUCUAUCACUGAACAAAUGAAUAAGCCAGAGAAAAUAAAAAACCCUUUAGAUAUCUCUCGCUUCAUCUUCAUAAACCUUGAAUUGUGUGUGUUAGUAUAACUAUGCCACCCCUACUUUUAGAGUUAUCUUUCUUUUCUGUCUGUUUUUCGCUAUCAUCAUUUUUCUCGUUUCUCGUCUGAAAAACCUUGAAAUUGCUUUCAUUUUGUCAGAGUUGGGUUUAAGUUGCUGUGUCAAUUUUUAACUUUUUAAUCAUCACCUUUUGACUAUUUGGUUCUAGUUGUAUUUUUACUUGUUGUUGGUUUUAACCCUGUUAUUUUGUGUAUCAACUUUACUUUUUCAUUGCUAUUCUGUAUAAAAUAUUCCCAUGGCUUCCUUAAAUUAUUCAAGAUUGUGUAACAGGAUUAUUGUGUUACCUGCUUCGGUAAAAUCCACAGGAAAACAAACAUUUGGUCGGCUUAACAUGACUCGAUUGAAGGCAUCUUCAGCAGCUUCGGUGACUAAAUUGGAAGAUGAUCAUCACCACCAUCAUGUACAAUCCCAAGAAAUUGGACAAUCUUCUGAGGAGAUAAAAUCAAGAUCAACAGUAGCACAUCAGAUUAUUGAUUUAACCUUCAACAAUACUAAAGAAUGCUUUAAAAGUAAAAAGAGUUCUGAAUUAAUGAGGGCUAUGAUUGUUCUCAAGCUGUGCUCUUACCCUUUACUUGUUGACAAUCAUCAAAAACUGAUCAAAAUUGGCCAAAAGGUCUUAGGACGUCGACUAUUUCGUUCUUUAAUGAAAGCAACCUUCUAUGGACAUUUUGUCGCAGGUGAAAACGAGACAGAGAUGAGCCCAAAAAUUAAACAUAUCCGUGAAUUUGGCGUUAAAUCAAUUCUAGAUUACAGUGCUGAAGAUGAAAUACAAGAAGACACGUCUAGUCAAGUAAAAAAAUCAUCAGAUCAAAAUGGGAAAUCACUCGGAAACACAGAAACUGGAGAAGCUUUGAAAUCAUUUGUGGUUGAAUCUGAUUAUUCCGAUGCAAGAAAAUUUCGUGCAACCGCUCGAAGUUAUUUCUAUCUCAGUGAAGCUCAAUGUGAAAAAAAUAUGGAAAUAUUUUUAAACUGUAUUGACUCAGUUGCCAAUAUUACAAAUCAAACUGGAUUUGCUGCAAUAAAAUUGACUGCUCUUUGCCGCCCUCAGCUGCUUCUCAAACUAUCUAAGGCCAUUAUGGAGACUAAACAUUUUCUGAAUUUAUCUGAUUCUCUAAAUAAGCAAACAAAUGUUCAAGAAGCUAACAAUUCUAUACCCAAUGAUUACAGCGAAAAUCAUCGGAUGAUGUUGAACCUGCUUUCAUGGAAUCAAUUAAUUUCUUUUGAAGAUGUUAUCAACUAUUUCCGUCAAAAGGAUGCUUUACGUGAUAAAGUCCCAUUCAAAGCUCUUUUUGAUCAAGAAGAGGAAGAAAUGUUUUGUAAUUUGAUCAGACGAAUUGAAACAAUUGCAAAACAUGCACAUGAUACUGAUGUUAGGAUAAUGAUUGAUGCUGAGCAAACCUAUCUUCAACCAGCUAUCAACCGAAUUACCAUUGAAAUGAUGAAAAAGUACAACAAAAACAAAUCAAUAGUCUUCAAUACUUAUCAAUGUUAUCUCAAAAAUACUUUUGAUGCUAUGCUUUUAGAUCUUGAUUUAUCAUAUACAAAUGACUUUUAUUUCGGUGCCAAACUAGUGAGAGGAGCUUAUAUGGAACAAGAAAGAUUAAGAGCUAAAAAUCUUGGCUAUGAAGAUCCAAUCAAUGAAAAUUUCGAAGCAACAACCGCUAUGUACCACAAAACACUUGCGCAUCUUAUGGGAGAGAUAAUUAAGAAAGAUUCUGCAUCAAAACGAAUCGCUAUAAUGGUAGCUUCACACAAUGAAGAUACUGUACGAUUUGCCGUUGAAAACAUGGCUAAAUUAGGGAUUCUGCCUGCCCAUAAAGUAAUUUGCUUCGGUCAGCUCUACGCUAUGAGUGAUCACAUCUCUUUCUCAUUAGGUCAAUCUGGAUAUUCAGUCUACAAAUAUAUUCCAUAUGGUCCGGUCGAUGAAGUUUUACCAUAUUUAUCCAGAAGAGCGAUUGAAAAUUCGAGUGUUCUAGCUAAGGCAACACGUGAACGUACUCUAAUUAGAAAAGAAAUUGUUCGACGAUUCAUAUCGGGAGAAUGGUUCUACAAGCCCGAGGCACAUUAUAAUUCCGCAUCAACUAUUUAAUAUCUAAGGUGCUCUAAAUAGAUAUUUUCACCAAACAAUUCAUAUUCUUUCAUCGUACACGAAUGUCAAAACAAUUGAUAACGCUCAGGCGAUUUCAAGCUUAUUCAAAUGCUCCUAAUUGGACUCACCAUGAAACAUGGACUGUUAACGACUCUAUUUCAAGAAUAAUGCAAAAUUGUUCACAUUCAAUAAAGGUUUAACCUUUUCCAUUAGAUUUA